AUGAGUCACUACCGGGCAGAUGUUCCCGCAGGCGAGCUCGUCAAGGCGGAGAUCAGGUCCUACUACGAGCAUUUCUAUGCUAUUUCUGACACACCAGAGGCGCAUCAGAAGUAUGCUGAAUUGUACACGAAGAACGCCAGACUCAUUAUGGCUUCCAAUGAAGCCAAUGGUCGAGAUGAGAUCUUGAAUAUGCGGCAGGGUAUGUGGGAGAAGGUGGCCAAACGGUCUCACAAGCCUACGAAGAUAUACUCGUUUGGUGGCGACUCGGAGGAAGUCAUGCUCUAUGGAACAGUAGACUACGAGCUCAAAGACGGCCGUAAGACAAACGUGGACUGGUCGGCCAGAUCACACUUCACACAUGAGGAUGGCCAGCUCAAGAUGGACUUCUAUCAAGUGUAUCUAGACUCAGCAGCUAUGGCACGAGCAAAGUGA